CGCCGGACACGGAGCCCGGGGUUCCUGCGGCCCCAGCGGGCUGCCCCUCCGCGGGGCCAUGGCCCCCUUCCCCGCCUGCCUCAACUCGGCCGUGCUGGUGCUGUUCAGCUGCGACCUCUGCCUGGUGCGAGCAAGGUGAAAUACACCACGUGCAGAUGGCCUGCACCAGGUCCCUGCAUCACUGAAGUCCCAGCGAGCCCCCACUAUAGGCCGCCGUCCCCAGUCAACGUGACUGUUACGCACCUGAAGGCAAACUCUGCCACUGUCUCAUGGGAUGUCCCGGAGGGAGACGUCGUCAUUGGCUAUGCCAUCUCACAGCAGCGGCAGGACGGGCAAAUGCAGCGGUUCAUCCGAGAGGUGAACACCACGAACCGGGCCUGUGUGCUGUGGGACCUGGCAGAGGACGCAGACUACAUCAUCCAGGUGCAGAGCAUCAGCCUGCACGGAGAGAGCCAGGCCAGCAAGAGGGUCCAUUUCCGGACCCUGAAAGAGACUGAUCGCCUCCCCUCCAACAGCUCCAACCAAGGUGACAUCACCGUGGAAGGGCUGGACAAGGAGCGGCAGCUCCAGACGGGGGAGAUUGUCAUCAUCGUGACUGUGCUGCUCAUGUGGGCAGCAGUGAUCGCGCUCUUCUGCAGACAGUAUGACAUUAUCAAGGAUAAUGACUCCAACAACAACAAGGAAAAGACCAAGCCGUCCUCAGAGCACAGCACGCCGGAGCGACCCACGGGGGGGCUACUGUACAGUAAGAAAAAGUCUCUGUCUGUCAAUAUCAUUGAGGUGUGAGUACAGUCCAGCUCUGGAUCUGGGAAUGCUGCCAGACCCAAGGAAGAUCAUGGGAUAAAAGGACAACAGCAGGCUGCCAGCCUGCAACCCUCAGCAUGCAAAGAAUUAUCAGAAAUUAUGCUUCUUCCGAGGCCUUCUCCCCUCAAGGGGAUCUGCAUGGAGACCAUUUGGAUGAUGCAUGCAGAACUCAGCCUCACACCCAUCAUAUAAGCGCCCACUGGCCACUCAGGAGUCAAUGGGGAGCCUGGAACAGCACCAAAAGAACAAACAGCAAUAUUCAGAUUUCAAGGGAUGGGGGAGCCUCCUGCUGAUGCACGGAUAAUGUCGUGGAAGUGGGAUCUCAUGGCCCUGUCACCCAGCAACUGUUAGGUAAAUGGCAGUGUGUCCUCAUGUUCAUGCUGUUACAGCCCUAGGUAUGCCCAGACCUGAGCCAGGGUGCAUACAUAGCUCCAGUUACCUAAGAGGGAUUUUCUGUUUGUUUACAGUCCCAGAGAAGUGCCCACUUUCCAGUCCCCUAACCCUGCAAGCCCAGACUGUGGGGCUCACACAGGUGAAGCAGGUGCUAGCUCAGGAAGGGCUGGCAAGAGAACUGAUCGGAGCUGGAGAGGUUUCCUCAGCACUCCCCAUAAAGUCUGGAGUCUGAAUUGGAGGAUGGCCCCAUGCGCCCUGCAGACCUGACCAGAGAUGGAAUCCCAGCCCAAGGAGGCAGGAAGUUGGCUGGGUCACUGAGCUGACUUCAGCUGCUGGCAGUUCAGAUGAGCUUCCAUCCCUUCCCUUAGUGUGAGUGAGACCACCCCAAGGAGGUGAGGACCUCAGACCAGGAAGUGCCAAUGCUCUCUCGUGCUGUGCCCGACAAACAGCAAAGCAGGGCCUUGCUGCAGAGACAGCGGGAUGGAGGGGAGAGUUCUCCCUAUCACAUAUCAUGCCUGCCCAGUUUGUAGGGCAGCAGGGACGUACCCAGUGCCCAUAAAAACAUAUCCCCUGCUAACGGCAUUGCCUGGGAGGUCUCCAGGUCACGGUUCAGCUCUGGGUGUGGGAGGGAAAUCUAGCACAUGUAGCUCUGAGUCCUCCUCCUCUGCCUCUGGCUCCCGCGGAGGCUUCCAGUGUGCUGCAGCUCUGUUCCAGCAGCCCUGGUGCAGGCCACAUGGAGCCACAGUCUGGACCACUGGGAAACAUCCCCGGGCCACAGAGUAAUGUGUGUGGCAGUGGAGAGAAUAUCAUGCUGAAUCCCCAUGCCCCUGGGGGGCAAAGGCCACGAUGCAAACUGUCUGUGGCCCAUAUGCCUCUGCCCAUCAGGCAAAGGCCUCAGCUCAGGGUUCUGCCUGAGCCCCCUCUCUGCCAAGGCCUUGCCAUAGGGCCUGCCCCAGCUCUAUCCUACUGCUCUUGCCUGUUUUUAAGCCUGGCAUUGAAGGCCUCACAGCAGGCCCUGCCCCAAUUGCAGUGUAGUUUUAUGUUGGGUCCCUAUGGCUUGUGGGAGGGGAUAGUUCCUUUACACACCAGUGCAUGGCCUAGAAGGGACUGGUCUCCAGCCAUAGGGAGAUGUUGCUGCUGGAGAGAGGCUGUCCCAGGGCUUCCCAGACACACAGCACCUGCUCUAUUGAGGAAGCAGUGGUGUCAGAGUCUGUGCAGGGAGCCAUUCCCCCGAGGAAAUGUGCUACUCCAGCCCACCCUCAUCACAUCAUCAGCCCUGAACCCGGGCAGAGUUCUCCCUCCCUACCCCAUGGCUGGCAUGGCAACCUUUUGCAGCCUCUUGUGCCCUCCAAUGACUGCCUCGGACACUGCCAUGGCGGUUUCCAGUGAUGCACUCCUGGAGUGGGUAGCAGGACCUGGGAUCCAGAGGUUAAAUACAUCUGCCAACAGGAGCCUAGUGGGCAGGAUUCUAAGCCUGAGUUCUAUAGUGUCCAUUAUGUCACAACCCCACCCCCGAGUGCUCACAGACCCAGGCUCAGCAGGUCUUUAUUGCUUGAAUCCUUGCCUGUGCCCGUGUCACAUACGGGAGACACUUCCAGUCCAAUAGGGUUAUAGUCCCCCACGGCUCAGUGGCUGCAGCUGUUACUCCUUCCCCCCCAAAGUGGGCAGCAUCCCAUGGCCCAGGUUCCCAUGGGAGUGUGGUGCUUAUUCCCCUAGGACCUUCUCCUGGAAAGGAGCUGACCCAAGCAACUCAGAAACACCAAUGAAAGCCACCAAGUUCUUGUACUAUAUGGACAAAACAGUUUGUCUGGCAGAGUGUCUGCACCACUCACUGCCCAUCAGCCAGGGAGGCAUUCAUGGCAGACGAAUACCCAGGGGUGAUUAAAGCUGAACACCUCCUGUUAGCACGCAAACCCCAGGGUCCAUGUGGCAUCACCGUGGACUGAAUUUUCUCAUCUGGAACCAGCAUUGCUCCUAGCCACAAGGCUGAGGCCAAGCCAAGCCCUCUCCCCCACGUCUACCUUCCUCCAUCAGAAGAGAACGGCCUCCACUGGAGGAAUGACAGGUUUGCAGCCUGCUCCCCCGGGGCCAGGAUGCUGUCUGUGCAGCCCCAGGAUUGAUGAGAAUCACAGGAUCCAGCGUCUUCCAGGAACUUAAUCUUGAAGCAAAGCAAUUUCAGACUCUUCCCUCCAGGUGCUGCUCAGCUCCUGCCAUGGGAAUACCGGGGGCAGGGCAAGUGACUCCCUGCAGCAGGGUCUUUUCAAUAAAAGUCUCUGGCUCAAAGGCAGAAGGGUCACUGUGGUGGCUACUCCAGUGUGUGCACAGGGCUUGGGAGCCAACUGCUAAAGCUGAGGGACAGACCCACUAGCACAGGCUGGGACGCUGCUGUAGGGCUGGGCAGGGGGAACAGAGGAGACAUUUUGAUGCAGGGCAGUGACAAUGGCAAAAGGGGGACAGCAGGGGUUGUGUUGGAGCUGAGGGAUGAGUCCCAUUGGCUCUGCUCCUGGGAUUUUCUUCAGCUCCCCAGUUGCUGGCUCCUAAAAGAAGAAAGGCCUCUCCUGCCCCAGGAGCUAGGGAGCCUCAUGCUCCCACCAGCCACCUUCGGCACAGACCUGUUCCUGGGGGCAGGGCAGUUCCAGAGACAGCAUACUUCUCCCCUUUGGGGGGCAGGCCCUCCAUCAUCUGUCCAUGCCCAUCAGGGAGAUGGCCUCUCUGCUUCUCUCCACACAGCAUGGGCAGUGACCAGAACUGCUGCCUGGGGGUCUCUGCUGAUGGCUGGAGCCCAGUGACAAUGCUGUUCCUGGCUGAGUCACAUGUAGAGAGGGGAUCUCUCUUACCCCCCACUCCGUUGCAUGCAUAGUCACUCUUGCAUGCAUGCACAAGAAGCUGGCAGCCCACUCUCUGCUGUUCUGUGUUAUUUGCCAGAUCAAAGGGUGCUGGUGAUUCCUAGCUAGCGCAGCACUUGCUAUCCCAUCCUAUUCCCCUGCACAGGAUAUCAGCCCAGGCUGGGUCCCUACUUGAAGCUGCUGCCAGGUUUGUGCCAGGAGUCCCUAUUGGGGAAGGUGAUUCACCCAUGGCCCCCCUUCCCCAAUGGUCCUACUGCUCUACAGGGCCUUGUAGUGGGAGAAUUAGCCCUCCAUCUUUGCCACUCCAUGGCACUGGUUGGGGCUGCCAGACCACCUGCACUUGGGAGAACAGGAGUUUGACAGAGAAAUGGGGCCGGUGGUCAAAGAGGGAACAGCAAAGGCCUCGUUCACUCCCAGAACGGAGUUUCAGAAAAUGGCUGCAAGAGACACAAGAUGCAGGAUCCAGAGCACAAAGAAGUGAAACCUGCGUAGGCUGUUCUCCUGGGCCAGGGGCAGCGCUGCCCCCAUCUGGGUGUUGGGAAGGGAAUGCUGAAGGAGACACCAGCUGGCAGAGGGGAUGGAAGGGCUUAGGAUCUCCUGCUGGGACAAAGAGGCAUGCACAGCAGGUUAUACCAAGUGCAAGCAGAGGGAGGGGGCAUUAGCCAGUGUUCCUAAAGGGAUCUCACUUAACGAGACGAAUGUAGGGGUGGACCGUGGACAUCCCACUGCCCCUAGAAGCCCCUGCUGGUAGGGAUCACUUGCCCCCAUGCUAUCUGGGACUAGGCAGUUUGACCCAGGCUUAUGGCCUUUGCUUUCACAGUCACGGAGCUGGGUGGACAGAUCACACAGAAGAGAUAUGGGGACCUGCCACUCCUUAGCAUCACCUCAGAGAGCUGGUGCCUAGUGGUAUGGUUGAGGGCAGGGACUUUCUGCUGCCUUAUUCUCCUUGAUCAUCUUCAUCCCAGGGUGACGUGUCAUAGUCUACUGAAGGUAUCACCACCCCUCAGGCAGCAAGGGAGAGAGCUUCCUGACAAAGGGCAGGGCUGAAGGUUUCAAAACCAAACCAAGCGGGUAG